GUCCUCACAGGCCUGGCAUUUAGAACGGUUUACCCUUGCUUGUAAUAAGUGGGCGGGUCAACUAUUUGGACUGCUACUAAUAAAACAGUGUCACUCUUCUGUCUACUCAAACAAGUCUUAUACAUGAUGAUUGGCUCAGUAAGGAUGAAGAUGAUUGGCUGUGCUGGACUGCUCUUAAUAACAUUCAGCAUGGUCACUUCCACUAUCGUCAAAGAGGUAUCGGGGGUUGCGCAAGGGACUGACUGCACACAAAUAAAAACAACUUUCCCACAUGCAAAAAGUGGCAUUUAUACCAUUCAUCCAUCUGGAUUAAAAAACCCUAUCAAGGUUUACUGUGAGAUGCGGCAGGAUGGAGGAUGGACUGUUAUCCAGAGAAGGUCUGGUGAAAAGGUUUCUUUCAACCAGAACUGGAAAAAGUAUAAGUGGGGAUUUGGAAAUAUUCAGAAAGACCACUGGCUGGGCCUGAACAAGAUAUGGGCUCUAACCAAAAGCAAGGAUCAUAGGUCAACUCUCAGAGUAGACUUGUGGGACUUUGAAGGAGGUUCUGCCUAUGCUAAUUAUGAAGAUUUUUGGAUUGGUGGUGAAAAAACAGCCUAUAAGCUGCAUGUUGGAAAAUACAGUGGCACUGCAGGUGAUGCUAUCCGUGGGUCAUAUGCUGGCAUUGACCAAAAUGGGUAUGGUUUCAGUACACAUGACCAUGACAAUGAUGGCUGCUCCCCGUGUAUUUUCGGGGAUAUUGCAGUUAAUGAAUGCACUCGUGAAAAUAUUGGAGGAUGGUGGUUCAGCAGCUGUGGCUCAGCUGAACUGAAUGGAAAAUGGCACUCUGGGGAAGAUAAUCGCGGAUGGGCUUCUGGGCUCCACUGGCUCACCUGGAGAGGCCCUGGGCCCUACUCAGCUAAGGCAACACGCAUGAUGGUCAAGACCAUUAAGCAAUCAUAAGUUUGCGCAUCUUAAACAAGCAGCAAAAUGAUAUAAUGCUUUUCAAUUUAAACAGCCAAUAAACAUAUUCCAGUUUCACUAGUCUGUAUAUUUUAAGUUUGUUUAAGUGUUCUUCAGUGUUCUCAUCCUGUCUAUUAAUAUGCACGUAGGCUACACAAAAUUGCCCACAGGUGUAAUAAAUGUCCAAUUGUGUGUGUAAAUGGACCCGAAUUACAUCUGGCAUUCUCCCGCCUUGUGUGCAGUUUUACCAGGAUGGGCUUCAGAUCCAGUAUAAGCAGGACUGAGCAAAUGUACACUUAAAGAGUACUUUAUUAGGAAUACCUGUACACCUGUUUAUUUUGCAGUUAUCCAAUCAACCAAUUAUGUUGGAGCGGUGCAAUUUGUCACAUCAUGCUGAUGCAGGCCAGCAGCAUGAGGUUAUGUUGAUAUAUGAACCAUCAGAAUGAGGGGAAAAUGUGAUCUCUGAUAAUGACCAUGGCAUGAUUGUUGGUGCCAGGCUGGACAGUUCAUGGAGUGGAGAAUGGAUAAACUGGUUUGAUCUGAAAGAAAAGCUACAGCAGCUCAGAUAACCAUUUUAUAUAAUUGUGGUGAGCAGAAAGACAUCUCACAUUGGUCCUUGAAGUACAGUAGAUGGGCUACAACAGCAGAACACUACAUAAGGUUCUAUUUCAGUUAGCAAAGAACAGAAAGCUGAAGAUGAUAUAAAGGUAUCCUGGUCUGAUAAAUUUCUACUUUUUCUUAGGCACACAGUUGGUAGAGUCAAAAUUUGGACCUGAAUACAUGAACCCAACCUGCCUUGUGUGAACAGACAAGGCUGUUUUUGCCACAUUUUGGACUGUUAAUCCCAAUCAAUCAUUGCUUUAUUGACACUGUGUUUUUUUUUUCAUUGUUGCUGAUUAUGUGCAUUACUUUAUGGCAACAUGACAUGGCAACCGCAUCUCCUAACAGCUUCCAGCAUAAUAAUUAAUCAUGUCACAAAACAAAAGUUAUGUCAAGCUGGAUCAUGAACAUGGCAAUAAGUUGCUCUUGAGUGGCCCAGUCAUUUGCAUUCAGUAGAAUUCCUUUAAGAUGUUGUAGAACAGUUUAUUUGUAGCGUGUAAAUGCACCUGAAAAAUCUGCAGCAUGUCAACAAUCUCAAAGGAACAUUUUGCUGAAUCCAACAAUUUUUUUUUAAUACAACAAAAAAACUAGCAGCAAAUAUCCAGUAUUAAUAUAAUAUUCCUAGUAAAGUGCUCUGUAAGCAUACAUUUUCACCAUUAACAUUGUUAUUACACAGUACUAUAAACACUGGCUAUAUUCAACACACUUCAGGGUUUGGAAAUGUAAUUCUGUUUUCUGUUUUAAAUGUGUUAAUGUUUAUUAAAUGUUUAUAGAAUGAAAUCAUAUUUCUCCAGCAGAAUACCGAACACAUAAAUUUUUAGUCUUGGAUUAGAUAUUGUUUGUGUGAGAAAAUAUGCCAAAGCAAGCUCCAAGCAACCCAAACAUAAACAGUUAUUUAUUCCACAGCUCUAAAGCCUCUUUUAUGCCUUCUACCUCUAUUUAUACCUGCUAAAUACACUUCUGUUGCCUACAGAGCUUACAGUCCUUCAGACUAAAGGAUAAAUCUAUAUAUUUUUAGCUCAUUUAAAAGGAACUAUGAUAUGCCAUCAAGUAAAGUAAACUUUUAAAUGUACUGUUUUAAUGAAAAUAAUAAAUACUAUUGUUUAAUGCGAAAAAAUAAAAUGCUGUUGAAGCUUCAAA